UCAUUACAGUUUCCAUUCUAUGAGGGUUUCUAUUGUUUGUUUGUUUUUUUGUUAGUUUUUUUUCCCAACAGGGAGUUUAAUUCAUCAACUAUGUUUUAUACUGUUUAGUUCCCCCCAUAUCGCCUCCUUUUUUAUUUUCGCUCAUUUCAGCAGACAUGUAUGGUUAACAUGUCUGGGAACAAUUAGAAGACUGGAUUCUACAGAACACUUUGCUGAAGAUGCUGCUACACUUUUCUCGGCCAAGAGUCGUAGAGUUGGCAAAUAUUUUUGUACUCGGGUCACACUGUGAGGGAAUAACAGUAACACCCACUCGUCUUGAUCUGGACCAUACAGUGCUGUGAAAGUGUGUGAGAAGAGAGAGAGGCGUGGUCCAAGUGCUCCUACUUAUUAGAGUGCUGUGUCUGCGCGCGCUUGCUUCACAUCACUGUACUUAAUGAACAAGCGCAUAGUUCGUACUUAAAAAAACAAAACAAAAACACACAUUUAGUGUAAUUGAUUGUGAACGACAACUGGAUAGACACAAUAUGCUUCACUAAUAUCUGCACUGAACAUUUUGGAUCACUGAGACCAUGGGAAAACUAAAAGGACUGCUGCCUCUCUUCAUUUUAACAUCAAGUUUUCUUGUGUGCAGUGCACAAAAAACAGAUGUACACAAAGGGUGCAAGGCUAAUUUGGCUGACAUUGUGUUCCUUGUGGAUAGCUCUGGUAGCAUUGGAGAUGCAGACUUCCUGAGGAUGAAGACAUUCUUGCGCACGUUCAUAGAGGGUCUUGAUAUUAAGCCUGAAAAAGUCAGAGUAGGAGUGGCACAGUUUAGUAAUGAUCCACGGCAAGAGUUCCUGUUGGGGGAGUAUGCAGACAAGAAUGACCUGCUGGCGAAGGUAGACAAACUCACCUACCUAAAAGGAGGCACUGAGACUGGAAAAGCUCUCCACUUUAUUCUAGAUAAUUACUUCAUAGAAUCAGCUGGCAGUCGGAUCAAUCAAAAUGUGCCUCAGAUUGCUGUGGUGAUCACAGACGGUGACUCCACUGAUAAAACGAAGAGUCCAGCCAUGGACCUUCAGAAAAAGGGGGUGUUAAUCUUUGCCAUUGGGGUUGGUGAAGUCAGCAUUACAGGCCUGCAGUCCAUUGCUAACGAACCAUAUCACCGUUUUGUACUGAGUUUCACUGAAUAUGAGGAGCUGCUGAAAGCAACCACCAGUGCAGUAGACAAAGUAUGUAUUUCUAUGGAGGCCCAGCAAGAAGCUCUCGCUCCAAAGUAUGCAGAUGUCUUUGUGUUGGUGGACAGCACAGUUGGACAGACCCAAAAGGUGACACAGUUCCUGAAUCGCCUAGCCACUCAACUUAACGUGGCAAGCACAUCUAAUCGGAUGGCUUUGGCUCAGUUUGAUGAAGAGGUUUCAGUGGAAUUUCGUUUUGAUGCUUACAAAACUAAAACUGAAGCACUUGCACUUAUCCGCAAAUUCCGACUCAGAGGCACUGGGCAGAGCCAACUUGGAAAAGCGAUGGAUUAUGUGCGGACUCACCUGCUCAGCACUGAAGCAGGCAGCCGAAUUGCUCAGGGCUAUAAGCAGUACCUGUUGGUGGUAAGCAGAGGAGAAUCGAAUGACAAUAUACGUAUUGCAGUUCGUGCAUUAAUGGAUGAUGAGGUGACUCUUAUUAGUGUUGACUUCAGCAAAGAGCAAGAAACUGAUCCACAGAAGCCUAUGAUUGCAUUGCCAAAAAGAACCAUCUACGCCGCAACAAAAACUCCUGCAGAAAUCGUACAAGAUGCGAAGACUAUCAUUGAAACUAAGGAAGAGAUCAAAGUAACUGGAGUUUGCAAGUCAGCUCCAGUGGCUGAUAUAGUGUUUAUUGUGGAUGUGUCAGACAACAUCACCCUUCCAAACUCCAAGCUGGUCCGUAACUUUCUCCACCGAAUGAUUAAUGGCUUGGAGAUAAAGCCUGACGGCAUGCGGGUGGGAAUGGUGCUGUACAGUGACAUACCCACAGCUGACUUCUACCUAAAUACUUUUACUGACAAAACAAAGCUCCUGCAGUACAUUAACCUUUUGACCUUCAGGGGUGGGGAAUCCAAUACCAGCAAAGCCCUUAAGUUUGCAAGAGAGAAACUCUUCAACAAGGAGACAGGCAGCCGACAUGCCUUAGGAGUGCAGCAGAUUGCUGUGGUCAUAACAAAUGGGGACUCAUUGGAUAAUGUCACAUAUCAGGCUAUGCAGCUAAGGCGCAGUGGAGUCCAGGUCUAUGCCUUGGGAGUUACAAAAGAUAAUGUGCAACAGCUGAAAGAGCUUGCAUCUUAUCCUUCCAAUAGGUUUGUGUUUACUGUGGAGAGCUUUGAUAAGCUUAAUACAAUGGAAAAAAUACUGAGGAAGACUCUGUGUAACAACAUUGCCCGUUCGAGUGACAAGUUCAUUUCAUACAGUGUAGGGCAAGGAUGUAUCCAGACAGAAGAAGCAGACAUCUAUUUCCUCAUUGACCAAUCAUCAAGUAUUUAUCCAUUAUACUUUGAGGACAUGAAAAAGUUCAUUCUUGAGUUUCUGCAGAGGUUUACUAUUGGACCAAAACAGGUCCGUGUGGGUGUGGCGAAAUAUUCAGAUGACCACACAUUAGAAUUUAGCCUGAAUGAUUAUAAUGACAAAGACUCCCUUAAAAAAGCUGUGACCAACAUUGACCAGAAAUUUGGGAACACAAAUACAGGGAAGGCUCUGUCUUUAAUGAGCCCACUCUUCAAGGAGGCUGAAAAGACUCGUGGCACUAAGGUUCAAGAAAUUCUCAUUGUCAUAACUGAUGGAAAGUCCCAGGAUGAAGUGAAAGAGCCAGCAGCACAGCUGCGAGCACAGGGGGUGACCAUCUAUGCCAUUGGAGUGAAAGACGCAAAUGAGCAGGAGCUCCUUGAGAUAGCAGGUGUCCAAAAGAGGAUGUACUUUGUCACCAACUUUGAUGCAUUGAAACCCCUCAAGGACAAAAUUGUUACAGAUAUCUGUUCAGAUAAGGCCUGCAAGAACAUGCAGCAGGCAGAUCUCAUCUUUUUGGUUGAUGGUUCGGGGAGCAUUUACUCUAAGGACUUUUCCAAGAUGAAGAAAUUCAUUAAUACAGUAGUUUCCAACUUUACAAUUGGCACGGGUGAUGUACAGUUCGGAGUAGUGCAGUUCAGCACAAGCCCAAAGGCUGAAUUUGCCCUCAACAAAUUUUCUGACAAACUCCAGAUGCAGCAGGCCAUUAAGGAAAUGCAGCAGCUGGGCGGUGGCACUAUGACUGGGGCUGCACUCAGUACUUUGUCAGAGUACUUUGGUCCAGCACAAGGGGGUCGUCCCGGGACUCCACAGAUCCUUAUUGUGAUCACAGAUGGUGAAUCUCAGGAUGCCGUUGCUGAGCCUGCACAAGCCCUCAGAAACAAGGGCAUUACAAUAUACUCCAUAGGAGUACUUAAUGCUAACAUCACACAGCUGCGAGAGAUCAGCGGAACUCAGGACAAUGUUUAUCUGGAAAGAGAUUUUGAUUCACUGGACUACCUAGAUAAAGAGCUCUUACUUAAGAUCUGCACUUCUGCUGAUGAUUGCCAGAAAUCACAGGUAGCAGAUAUUGUCUUCUUAGUGGAUGAUUCCAUCAGCAUUAGUAAUGAUGGCUUUAACAGUAUGAAGUUUUUCAUGAGCUCAGUGGUGAACACUACACACGUUGGAAAAGACAGUGUCCGUUUUUGUACUAUUCUUUACUCAGACACCCCUCAGACCAAAUUUCCCCUUUAUCAGUACUAUAGUAAACGAGAAGUGCAGGAUGCUAUAAGUAAUCUAAAGCAUCUUGGUGGGAACACAUACACAGCCAAGGCACUACUUUACUCACUGGACUACUUUAGUGAAGCCAAUGGUGGGAGAGGUGCAAAAGGUGUCCCACAGAUGCUGUUUGUCAUCACGGACGGUGAAGCCACAGACCCACAUGAUUUAACCAAAGCUGCUAAUGAGCUUCAGAAAUAUGGAGUUAGUGUUUAUGGCAUUGGAGUGGCCAAUGCAAAAACAAGCGAGUUAGAAGUCAUAACCAAAGACAAAAACAAGGUUUUCCUGGUUGAUGACUUUGAAGCGUUGAAGGCCCUGCAACAAAACAUUUCCAGUGUGAUCUGCAACAACACAAAACCAGAGUGUCAGAAAGAGGCAGCUGAUUUGGUCAUUUUGAUUGACGGGUCUGAAAGUAUUAAAGAGGUGCCUUGGAAGACCAUGAUCAAAUUUAUGCUUAGCCUCAUUGACAAUCUUCGCAUCAGACAAGACCUCUUUAGAGUUGGUGUUGCUCAGUUUAGUUCAAACUACAGAAAGGAAUUUUACUUAAAUGCAUAUGAUGAUCAAGUGGAUGUGAAGAGGGCCAUUCAGACCAUCAAGCAAAUGAAAGAUGGAACAAACAUUGGAGCUGCUUUGAAUCAAGUUCAAGAGUUCUUCCACACCAGUAAAGGGAGCCGCAUUCAAGAUGGAAUUUCACAGAACCUGCUGUUGAUCACUGAUGGAGAAUCAAAUGAUGACGUCAAUGAUGCAGCUGAUAAAUUGAGAGGCAGGGGGAUUGAGAUGUUUGUGAUUGGAAUAGGUAACAUCUCAGUCCCACAACUCAACUACAUUGCUGGGUCACCUGACAGGGUUUAUAUUGUGGACAAUUUUGACCAACUCAAAUUAAAUAGAACAGUACAGAAGGUGACCAGUAAAAUUUGCACUCCGAUGGACGAAGCAGGUUGCACUGUAGAUAUUGGUAUUGGAUUUGAUAUCUCCCAUAGUAGUUCAAGCUCACAAGCAAUCUUUAGUAGUCAACAUAAGCUGCCUGAGAUUAUCAGAUACAUCUCCACUUUGCACAACUUGUGCUGUCUAACCCAUCAACGUUCUCUUCCAACCAACAUUGGUUUCCAUUUGGUUGCAAGCAAUGGCGAGAUACUGUAUGACACAAAUUUUGAACACUACAAUAAAGAUAUAGUGAUGAAGGUGAUGUCUCAAAUGACUCAAGAUCUGGCUUUUAACACCCAGCUCCUGCGCUCUUUUGAGAAUAAGUUUGCUGCCUCUGGAGCAGGUGUAAAGGUAGUGAUCAUUUUCACUGAUGGCCUGGAUGAAUCUGUUGAUGGCCUCAUGGUUGCCUCAGAGAAUCUCAAGAAAAGUGGAGUCCAUGCGCUGAUUCUAGUAGCACUGGAAGGAGUCAAAAGCACCACAAACCUACAGAAGCUGGAGUUUGGACGAGGAUUAGGCUACAAUGAGCCUCUUAUGAUUGGCAUGCAAAAUGUGGCCAGUGAUCUCCAGAAGCAGAUUGAUGCUGUGGCCUCACGAGAGUGCUGUAAUGUGAUGUGUAAAUGUACUGGUCAUGAAGGGGUGAGAGGACCGAGAGGACCUCCAGGGAUAAAGGGCUUUCCUGGAAGGAAUGGGCAUCCUGGAUUUCCUGGAGAAGAAGGAAGAUUUGGAGAGAGGGGGCCACCAGGUCAGAAUGGAACCAAAGGACAUCCAGGCUGCCAAGGGGAAAGAGGUCUAAAGGGUAGUAGAGGCUACACAGGUGAAACAGGAAUAUAUGGAGAGCUUGGUAUAGAUGGAGUAAAUGGAGAACAGGGUGUGACUGGAUUAGCAGGAUACCCAGGAGAGCCAGGCGUUCCAGGCAGCCAAGGCAAGAAGGGUGUCAGAGGAGAUACAGGUGACCCGGGACAAAAAGGACUAAGAGGAGAUCCGGGUGAGUCAGGCUCUGACAGCAUAGAACCUGGUCCUAAGGGUGAGACUGGAAACCCAGGCCUACCGGGUGAGCAAGGGCCAGAUGGAAGCCCAGGCAUGCCUGGAGAUACUGGCAUUCCUGGUCAAAAGGGAAGACGAGGUCCUGCAGGUCUACCAGGUGCUUCAGGAACUUCCGGAGAACGAGGAUUAAGAGGAACCCCUGGAGCUUCAGGGCCACAGGGGCCAGUGGGUCCUCCUGGUGAUUUAGGACAGAAAGGGAUACCUGGUUUUCCAGGACCUCAGGGUUCACCUGGCACACCAGGAAAUGAUGGAUCAAAAGGAAGUGUAGGACCCAGGGGACAAAAGGGUCAGCCAGGGGAACCUGGCAAUAAAGGAGCAGCUGGGCCACUAGGGAGCAGAGGCUUUCCAGGAAAUGAUGGUCAAGAUGGAUAUGGGUUAUCAGGACCUAAAGGACAGAAGGGAGAUCGUGGUUUUCCAGGAUAUCCUGGACUACAGGGUCAAACUGGAGAUCCUGGGAGAAAUGGAGAUGAUGGUCCUAAAGGCAACAGAGGAAGAGGGGGAAAUUCAGGCAGGCAGGGAGAAGAGGGUGACCCCGGUGAUGUCGGACCACCUGGUCACAGGGGCCAUAAAGGACCACCAGGAACAAGAGAAAUGUCUACUUGUCAACUGAUCGACUACGUACGCAACAACUGUGUCUGCUGUAAAGAUAAAGCAGCUUGCCCUGUCUACCCCACUGAACUGGUGAUUGGUUUGGACAUGUCUGAUGACGUGACUCCUGCAUUAUUUGAUAGCAUGUACGCGACUCUUCUUUCUCUGCUGGACAGCAUCAAUAUCACUGAAAACAACUGUCCCACAGGGACACGAGUGGCUGUGGUCUCUUACAGUUCUAACACCAAGUACCUCAUCCGUUUUUCUGACCAUCGUCAUAAGAAGGACUUGAUUGAAGCUGUGAAGAACAUCCCUCUGGAACGUACAUCCAACAGACGCAACAUUGGUGCAGCCAUGCGCUUUGUGGGCAGAAAUGUCUUCAAACGUAUUCGUCAGGGUGUUCUGAUCAGGAAGGUGGCGAUCUUCCUCUCUGGUGGACAGUCCCAGGAUGUGACAUCCAUAACCACGGCUGUUCUAGAAUACAAGGCUCUGGAUAUAAACCUUGGUGUUAUUGGUUUUAGGGAUACUCCUAAUGUUCAGCGUGCUUUUGAGGCUGAUGAGACAGGAAGUUUUAUUUUGUCUGUGCUGGGCAAACCAGAUACCCAGAGUGCAGCCCUUGAAAAGAUCCAGCGAUGUAUCAUCUGCUUUGAUCCUUGCAAUCCAGCUAGAGAUUGUCCCAAGUCCAGUGAGUUGACCAUUCCAGAGCAGGUAAAUGUGGACCUGGCAUUGCUGGUGGAUGGUUCCCGCAGCAUCCAGGCAGAUCAGUAUGAGGGCGUGAAGCAGGUGUUGGGCACUGUGUUGGACCAGCUUGUAGUGAGCCGUCAGCCCAGCAAAGCUGACAGACAGGCACGGGUGGCGCUUUACCAGCAGAGUUCAUCAUACAGAGAGGCCCAGGCUCCAGUCAAGCAGAUCUUCACUUUCCAGCAGUUCCAAGACCGCAACCUGAUGAAGCAGAGUAUCUUCAAAAAUCUACAGCAGACUGGUGGCUACUCCAGGCUGGGUCAUGCCAUGGAAUUCGUAAUCAUGCAGGGUCUUCUCACUGUUUCCAAGCCUCGAAAAAACAAGAUGGUGCUGCUUAUAGUUGGAGGAGAAACCGAUUCUGAUAUAGCAAAACUGGACUUUAUCUCCAUGAAAGCAAAGUGUCAGGGUGUGGUGCUUUUCACUCUUUUAGUCGGGGAUCAUUUUAACAGCACUCAGGUGGAGGAGCUUGCCAGCUUUCCCACAGAGCAGCACAUAGUUCACUUGGGCCAUGUAAAGCAAGGAGACCAAGAGUACACUCGGCGCUUCAUAAGGACUUUCCUACACAUUCUGAGCCGGGAUAUGAACACCUACCCUGCUCUGAUGCUAAGAAAACAAUGUGAGAGUCUUCAGCAAGGUCAUGUCCUUGAUGUCUCUGAGGUUACUAAGAGGCCACCCACUGAAAGGAUCCCUCCCCCAAGAAUAGUUUACCCUGAGAAUUCAGGGGAAGAAUAUGAGGAGACGGAAGAAGAGACAGAAUAUGCUGAACAGACAGGGACACAGAUGGAGUAUGAAAAUUUGGACCUGCUGACUCUAGGACAUGAUAAGUGCUAUCUGAAAAAAGACACAGGGCCCUGCAGGAACUAUGUAAUCAAAUGGUUCUAUGACCAAGAGCUGAACAAAUGCUCUCGCUUUGUUUAUGGAGGAUGUGAUGGGAACCUUAACAGAUUUGACACUCAGUAUGAAUGUGAAGCCCACUGUGUAGAGCUUCAUACUGUACAGUGACCUUUUCAAAUUACUCCUUAUUUUCUCUGGCUUUAUAUGAAAUGAUGGCACAGUAGGAUACAAUAAUACUUUUAUGUGAUAUCCAAAUAACUUGCAUACAUUAAAGCAUCCAGCUUGUUUGCUACCCUACCAGAAGUCUUGUAAUAACAUUUACUUCCCUCUAAUGAUAGAGGCAUUUUCUUGUUACUGACAUUUCUGUUACUAUACCUCUGUAAAUGAAAUGGGACUCACUAGAAUCAAUAUUUCACUUCAUUAUAAAAGAAAAUUCCUAUGAAGAUGCUCAUUCUUUAAUAAAGUGAAUACUUUUGUG